AGUGUGUGUGUGUGUGUGUGUGUGUGUGUGUGUGAGAGAGAGAGAGAGAGAGAGAGAGAGAGAGAGAGCUGAGGGAGCAUCUUGCACUCUAUUUGGUUGGUGGGUUGUUUCACUGUCCUGUGUAGCAGGGAACUGUACAAACAAAAAAGAGGUUUUCACUGCAAGGUUAAGAGGGAAACCAGCAAAACAAAAGGGGCUGUUUGAAAGGCCUCUCUAGAUUUCACUGGCAUCUGGGGGUGUUUUGUUUGGGUGCUGGAGGUCUCUUUCCAAUCUCACUAUCCAAACCCUAAAUUUCCAUCCACUUGUAUUCUGGUAAGAAGAUUUUUUUCUCUUCUGCUUCUUGUUAUUGUUGCUGUUGUUGUUGUUAUUGUUGUUCUUGUUAUUGCUUUGAUUUCAAAGAAUCAUGGUUCCUCUCUCCUAUUAUUAGGUAGGCAGUGGUGUCUUUUUUCAUUGCAUUUCCAGAAAGCCCCAUUUUUUUCUCAUCAAUUGCUGAACUUCCAGCAAUUCUUCUUUACCCUUGUAGUGCCUUUUAGGGUUCUUUUUGGUGCAUUACUCUCUUCUUGGUCCUCUUUAUCUAUCCCUGCCCACCUUUGCUCUGACACCUCAGGCCACCAUACUUGAAAGUAAUCACCAAUUCAUCAUCUUCAUCAUCAAAUUGCUGCCCUUUUUUUUUUGUCCAAAAUUUUCUUCUUUCAAUUAGCUUCAAGGUGUUUCCAAUCAAACAAGCAGCAGCUCAGAUCCAGUUCUCAAGAACCCUUGCUUAAAAAUCUCGCCUUUCCAAGACAUAUCUAUAUAUUGGUUUCAAGAGGAAAACCUGCUUGUCUGGAUACUUGAAUUUUGAGAGGAUUAUAUGCGCGGUUGUUUGAAGAGAGCUAGAUGGUCACUGAAGAGGCUAGCAGCAGCUCCGUGUGGAGCAGAGACCAGGAGAAGGCGUUCGAGAAUGCCUUGGCCACUGUCCCGGAGGAUAGCAGCGACAGGUGGGAGAAAAUUGCUGCUGCAGUGCCCGGAAAAUCCAUCGAGGAAAUCAAGUGCCACUAUGACCUUCUAGUGGAGGACAUCAAUGGCAUCGAGUCAGGUCGAGUGCCUGUACCUAGCUACAAAUCUUCGUCGGAAGGUUCAGCUGACCAUGCUAGUGAAGGCGGAAGUGGUAAGAAAGGUGGGCAUUCUUCCCAUUUACAUGGGGAUUCCAAUCAUGGAGGCAAGGGAUCGAGAUCGGAUCAAGAGCGACGAAAGGGGAUAGCAUGGACUGAGGAUGAGCACAGGUUGUUUCUUCUCGGCCUUGAUAAGUACGGCAAAGGUGAUUGGCGAAGCAUAUCGAGAAACUACGUGAUAUCUAGAACACCUACACAAGUGGCAAGCCAUGCGCAGAAAUACUUCAUCCGUCUGAACUCAAUGAACAAGGAUCGAAGGCGGUCAAGCAUUCAUGAUAUCACCAGUGUCGGCAAUGGAGAUAUGUCAGCUCCUCAAGGACCGAUCACAGGUCAAGUGAAUGGACCGGUGGUAGCUUCAGGAAAACCCGCUAAGCAGACCUCUCAACCUCCGCCGGGUCCUCCUGGAGUUGGUGUCUUUGGCACUACUAUCGGACAACCAGUUGGGCCUCUAGUUUCUGCUGUAGGCACUCCUGUUAACCUCCCGGUUCCUGCAGCACCACACAUGGCCUACGGGGUUCGGGCUCCGGUUGCCGGAACAGUAGUUCCUGGUGCUCCGGUGAACCUCCAGCCGAUGACCUAUCCUAUGCCUCAUGCAUCUGCCCAUAGAUGAGCUGUACCGUGAUCUGUGUACAAAUUAAACAGAGAACAGAAAGCACUAUGUUCCUAUUAUCUCGUCUUUCAUCGAGGUGGAAUAAGCUAGCUGUGGCGAGCACAUAGGUUCUACUGCCAUUGUGAGUAAUUUAGUCGCUUAGAGUUGAACCUUGUCGAAUUAUCAUGUUUUAAGGAAGUCAUAGAGCCAGGGGAUCAGAUUCGUGUACAAUGUACCAUGAUACAAGUAGGAAUCGAGACCAGGACAAUACGCUCCGUUGCGCGUGUCCUUGAAAGCUCUGGUUUCUUUUGCUGUUGUAUUUAUCCAACUCAUCUGUGAAGAAGCAGGGAUGUAAAAUCUAAGUAAUAAAGAGACAUGUAUCAUGUUGACAUUUUUAGUAUUUCUGUUCAUA